AUUCUGUUUGCAAAUGGAGAAUCAUGGAAAGAAAUGAGACGUUUCGCUCUCACCACCCUGAGAGACUUUGGGAUGGGCAAAAGACUGGCUGAACAUAGAAUCUUGGAGGAAUGCCAACAUCUGAUUCAAGUGUUUGAAAAACACAAAGGGAAAUCAUUUGACACAGCCCACCCGGUGAAUUAUGCAACAUCGAAUGUCAUCUGCUCUAUUGUGUACGGCAGCAGGUUUGAAUAUGAUGACCCCCGAUUCACAAAGAUGGUGCAGAGAGCCAAUGAGAACAUACGUGUUGUCGGCUCUGCAGCAAUCCAGCUCUACAACAUGUUUCCCAGGUUUGUCAGUUGGGUGAAAACCCGGCAGCUGGUAAUAAAAAAUGUUGAGACAACUCUCAGAGAUGUCAAAGAUUUAAUCAAGCAUCUGAAAGACACACUGAACCCUAACGACUGCAGGGGGCUUGUGGACUGUUUUCUGGUUCGGAAGCAGAAAGAAGAGGACUCUUCUGUUGGGGACACUCACUACCAUGAGGAGAACUUGAGUUUUACAGUUACCAACCUGUUUGCUGCUGGGACUGAUACCACAGCUGCUACACUGAGAUGGGGUUUGCUGCUCAUGGCUAAAUACCCACAUAUACAAGACCAGGUCCAGGAGGAGCUGGGCAGAGUGGUUGGAAGCCGUCUGGUCAGUGUAGAUGAUUGUAAAAACCUGCCCUACACUGAUGCUGUCAUCCAUGAGACACAGAGACUAGCCAACAUUGUCCCCAUGUCCCUUCCUCACAAAACCAGCCAAAAUGUCACUUUCCAGGGCUACUCAAUCCCAAAGGGGACUACUGUGUUUCCUCUUCUUACUUCUGUCCUCUAUGAUGAGAGCGAAUGGGAGACCCCACACACUUUCAAC